AUGGCCAGAAGCCUCUCGCUAGAGAAAGACGCAUUUCAAAUUUGGGCAGUUGCAUAUCUCGAACUCUAUCACUUAUUGCUGAGAAUCAUGUUCAAGACGCUGUUGUUUGGAUCCGAGAUGGCAUUCGACGAAUAUACCACCGACUUUGAGAAACUCAUCGCAUAUGCCGAGAUAGCCAUUAGCAAACCCUCUGUUGACAAUCAACCAACCUUAUCCUUCGAUCUAAACAUCAUACUGCCACUCUUCUUCCUUGCGCUGAAGUGCCGAGUUCUUCCGCUCAGACGCCAGGCCGGGUCAUUGCUGAGGCAAGCCCCAGACCGGGAAGGUAUGUGGCGUCGCGAAAGUGUCAUCAAAGUCUGCGGGUGGAAGAUAGCUAUGGAAGAGCAAGGCCGCAGCUGUUUAUCAGAGACUGAUGUAUUGCCAGAAGCUGCGCGGAUAUUCAAAGAACACAUCCCGAAAGAGGAUUGGGGCAAGCUCAAUGAGAAUGCUCGGCCCCGAAUAUGUUUUAGCAGAGGUGUUUGUGGAGUCGUGGAGUUCGUAACAGCUCCAGAUGAUUUCGAGGAUGUCUAUGACAUGGGUAACAUGUUAUAG